AUGGCCGAGCCCGACGAGCUCUUUACGCUCAAGAACCAGCUCUGGGUCGGCAACUACGCGAACGUCCUGAGCGAGAGCGCACUCCUCAAUCACCUGAGCGAGUCGCUCCGCAACGAGCGCGACGUGUACGUGUACCGCGCGCACUUGGCGCUCGGCAACGUGUCGCUCGUGUUGCAGAGCAUUCCCGACGCCGGGGCACAGACGCCGAUUGCGCUAAGUGCGGUCCGGCUCUGGGCCACGUACUUAAGCGGCCACCACGACGACAAGGAGCUGCUGGACUUGACGCUCAGCGAGUGGCUCCAGGACCCCCUCAGCGGCGAGAACCCGCACCUGUUGCUGCUUGCGGGACAGAUGUACGCGCUCGAGAACAAACUGUCGGACGCGCUGUCGACGCUCUUGCGCGGGGGAUCGCUCGAGCAUCUGCUGUACGUCGUGCACCUGUACCUGCAGAUGCACCGACUGGACCUCGCGACGAAGACAGUGGAAGACAUGCAGCGCAUUGAAGAAGACUCGACGCUGACGCAGCUCGCGCACGCCUGGUGCCUCACGGUGCAGGGCGGCGACAAGGCCGACGAAGCCACGCUGCAUUUCCAGGAGCUCGCCGACCGCUUUGGCGCGACGCCGUUGCUGCUGAACGGCGCGGCCGCUGCGUUCAUGGCGCUGGCGAACUACGACGAAGCCGAGCGGCUGCUGCUGGACGCCGUGCAGAAAGAUUCGGGCAACGAGGACACGCUGGUCAACUUGAUUGCUGUCAGUGCCCACUUGAACAAGCCCACGCAGCAGUACAUUGGACAGCUGCAGCAGGUCGCACCGUCCAGUGCGUGGCUCAAGAACUACGUGCUGCUGGACCAGAGCUUUCUCGAGAUGGCGGCGGGGUUUGCUUGA